AUGGAUCCCCUCUAUCGUACCAAUAAAGCCCUUGAUUUGGAUACUAUUUUAAAUGUAAACCAAUUAGAUGAUAGCCUAGUGGUAAAUCGUUCUGAGACCAAACUGUGUAUGGAUUCGAAAAGUUGUGAGUUCGAUUCUCAUUGGGAGCAAUACCCAUGUGGUCACGUGUUGAGUUUUGAUCCAACUUAUCAUGUUCUCAGACGGGAAACUUCUUAUGCUCGAGCGGGACUGAUGUUCGAGUUUAGACUCAUAUCGGAUGUUCAUGACAAGCUUUGUGAGGCGAAAGGGCAAGGGAUUUCCUCGAACUUUUAUGAGAAAUCAUGUCCACAACUUGAAAAUCUUGUUAGAACUUCACUUGCCACCAUUUUCAUCACUAAUCCCACUUCCCCUUCAGCCAUGUUAAGGCUCAUGUUCCAUGACUGUCAAGUCCAGGGCUGUGAUGCUUCUAUUCUUAUUGACCCAGUUGAUCAGGAAAACAUGGCGACAGAAAUGGGUUCGAGUCGGAAUUUCGGAAUCCGAGAGACGGAGUUGAUCAGCACUAUAAAAUCAUUGGUGGAAGCAGAAUGUCCCCAACAAGUCUCUUGUGCUGACAUUCUCAUAUUGGCUGCAAGAGAUGCAGUGGCUUUGUCUGGAGGGCCACUGAUAGACGUUCCGUUGGGUCGUAGAGACUCCUCUAUCUAUCCAAGCUAUAAACUUGCAGAUUCUCAGCUUCCUCCUCCAACACUUGGUGUUGAUGGCAUGAUUCCUUUGUUUGCAAAGAUGGGAAUGAACAUUGAAGAAUCUGUUGCCAUUUUAGGUGCACAUACACUGGGAGUUACACAUUGUCCAAACGUUCUCGGUCGUCUAAACGAUCAAGGGAGUGGAAAAUUCGAGGGAAUGAGGCCUGGUUUUGAGGCCUUUUUGAGGUUAAGAUGUCCUGAAGGUUCAAUAGUCUCAAAUACAAGUUUUGUACUCAAUGAUCCUACAACAAUUUUGUUUGACAACCAGUACUACGUUAACGCAAUUGUAGGACGUGGGGUGCUAAGGAUUGAUUCUGAAAUGGCCUUGGAUCCGCGGACGGCUCCGGUGGUUCAUUUUUUUGCUGCUGAUGAGGAGUAUUUCUUUACUACAUUUUCAUCUGCCUUUGUUAAACUCUCAUCUUCAGGGGUUCUGACAGGAAACCAGGGUGUAAUUAGAAAACACUGUAAUGCUAUAAAUUAG